AUGGAACUUCCGAGUUUCUCCCUGAAGUUCGACCAUGAGAAGCUGCUACCCCUUGCCAUCAUUACCACAGGCCUUGUACCGAAGUUGGUCACAUCUCUUGCGGCCAUAGCCAUCUACCGUAUUUGGUUCCAUCCUCUCUCCAUCUUCCCUGGUCCAAAAUGGCUCGCCAUCUCCAACGUUCCUGAGCGUUACAUGAGCAACAUCUCAGGUACAUGGAUUUGGAGAGUCUCUGGUCUGCAUCGCGAGUAUGGUCCCAUUGUUCGCAUUGGCCCAAACCGUCUUGCCGUCGAUGGAAGCAUUGGAUGGUUCCAGGUCUAUGCCAUGAGAGGCAAGGACGAUGAAUUCCCCAAGUAUCCUGAGUACAUUUUCCCCGGUGAUGGCUUGAGUAUCCUCGGUGCCAACCAGAUGAACCAUAGACGUCACAGGCGUCAGUUUUGGUCUGCGUUCAAUGACCAAGCUCUUGUUGAGCAGGAAAUUGUCAUCCAACCCUACACGGACAUGCUUCUUCAGCGUCUCAGCGAGCGUGCCAAGAUCGGAGAGCCCAUCAACAUUGUUGACUGGAUCAACUUUCUUCUCUUCGAUAUCGCAGGCGAGCUUGUCUUUUCCUCUCCUUUUGAUUGCCUCGAUAAGCAGGAAUACCACCCAUGGGUAUCCAACUUCUUCAGGGCCGUCAAGGGUAAUGCUGUGAACCGCUUUGUCAAGCAUUACCCAAUCACCGAACCCAUUGUCAACUUCCUCUUCACCGGCAAGGAGCAGAUUCGGCGUGAAGCUGAUCAGCGAAACAUGACCUUCCAUCAUGCCAUGCAGCGUAUGAAGCUCGGAGAGCAGCCCACUCCCGGUCGCCGUGACUUUAUGAGCUUCUUGAUGCGACGCAACCGUGAUGGUGGUGGUCUCACAGACACCGAGAUCCUUGUUGACUGCCCUGUUCUGAUUGGAGCUUCGAGUGAGACCACCACCACUGCUCUGUCUGGCUUCUUCUUUUACCUUGGUAUCUCCCCAGUGGCAUACAAGAGACUGGUGGAAGAGGUGCGAUCCUCGUUCAAGAGUGAGAGUGAAAUCAACAUGAAGACCACCAAACAGCUUGAGUACCUCAACGCCACUGUUGACGAAGCACUGAGAGUGUAUCCCCCCGCUGCUGAGUCGCCGCCCAGAAUUAGCCCUGGCGCCGAGAUUGAGGGCAAAUACCUGCCCAAAGGAGUCGUUGUUUCUGUCUACCAAUGGGGAACAUUCCACAACCCUGAUAACUUUGCCGACCCAGAUGACUUUAUUCCGGAGCGAUGGCUUCAGCCUUCUCACCCUCUGCACAACCCCAAGUAUGACAACGACAAUCGCUCUGUGUACCGUCCAUUCGGGUUCGGUAUGAGAGAUUGUCUUGGUAAGAAUUUGGCUCAUGCAGAAAUCCGCGUCGUUGUGAGUCGUAUCUUGUAUAGAUUCGACUAUGAGUUGGCUCCAAACCAGGAGAACUGGCAUGCCAAUCAGAAAUGUUUCAUGGCUUGGGACAAGACGCCUCUCAGUCUCACUUUGAAGCCAAGAGACUUUGCGCCAUAA